AUGGAAAACAUCUUAAACCCAACAAUCACUUUCGACGUCUCGCUGUUGGAAAAAGUCAUUCAAACUGCGAACUCCACAACUGACUUGCAAUUAAUGUCGAGAGCACAAACGAUAUUGACACAAUUUUUGACACAACCAAAUUCAUACCAAAAAGUCCCGACUAUCCUUUCCCUCUCGUCGGAAACAAAUACAAGACUCUUUGCUCUGCAAGUGAUGUCAUCAGCAAUUCAUAAUCAAUGGAACACUUUUACACCACAAAUCAUCGAAGCGAUUAAACAAUUUGUUCUCAAUAUGAUUAAUCAACUCUCUUCGGACGCAGCAAUACCUAAAGUCGUUUUGAACAAGGCAGAUACUUUAUUGGUCGAAUUGAUAAAACAUCUGUGGCCAUCGUACUACCCCUCCUUCAUCGACGAAGUGAUUUCAACAGCACAACUGAAUGAAUUGUCAUGCAACAACUCACUCUCAAUUUUGUCAAUUCUUGCGGAAGACAUUUACUCAGAAAAGCUCCAAACGCAACACAUCUUCGAGCUCAAAAACACGUUGGAUCUUAACCUUCCAACCAUCACAAAAUUCUUUUUGACUGUUUUGACUACUUCAACAAACGAACAGAUGUUGAUCGCAUGUUUAAAGUCUUUACAAACGUACAUUGGGGUCAUGACAUUCCAAUCCUUCUCAACAACGGGAUUGGCAGAAGCACUUCUUGUUCUGCUCCAAAAAGUGAACACGGAGAGUCAGUUGUUCAUAUCAACACUCUCUGUGUUUGUCGAAAUCUCUCAAAUGAAAGUUCCCCCAUCGCCACUUCCUUUACUUGUCUCAUUCACAAAUAUCAUUCUCGAGAAAAUUGGAAGUCUUCAAUCGUUUUUGACAACACCACAAAGGAAAAUGGCGUUCAGAUUAUUGACAAUCACCGUUGCACAGUUUCUAAGUAAUGUCCAGAUCACUCGUAUGAAUGGAGAAGCCAUAAAUGCAAUUCAAAGUUUGGUGAUAUUCUCUGACAAUUGUGACGGUGACGCAUUCUUCGCGUGUUCGGAAGCAUUCCUCCAGAUAUUAAAGAACUUUGAAGUUGACCCAAUGAUUCCACAGAGAGAGGUAAUUGCACAAAACAUCUUAAAAGUGAUUCUGUGUAAGAUGCCCGCACCACGAGAAAUGUUAAUGGUUGAAGAGAAUGGUGUUGUAGUACGAAGAAAGGUAGAAUCGAUCAAUGAUGUGCUUGAAACGAUAUUAAAAGAUAGUUUGAGUUUGUUAAUCAAAUUAGUUCCAAGUAUUGGAGAGUUCAUGCUGAAAUGUUUGUACGAAGAAACUGUUAUUCACAGAGUGUUGAAGAUUUGUUAUUCGAUAUCGGCAAUUUCGUCGCAACUCCUUCCGUCGAUUGAGUCGUCAGUCUUCUCGAAAUGUGUUGAGAUACUGAUCCUCAAAAUAGGAAAGGGAAGCACAAAGUCUGAAAGAGUGUUAUUGACUGGCGGAUUGCUAGUGGUGAUAUCGUCAUACCAAAAACUAUUAAUGAACACUCCAGUUUUCCUCCACGUCGUUAUUAACAAAAUUUCUGAAUUUAUGAGAGACGAGAGUCAAAUGGUACGUGUCAUGGCGGUGAACACUUUUCGUGUGUUGUGUAUAACGUGUGGAGCAACGCUCCUUCAAAAUGAUAUAUUAGAAGCGUUCAAUAAUUCUCUAAAAGUUGAUUCGGUGUUGGGGUGUUUGGAUCGCAAUGAAAGAGACUGCUUAUUUGAGUGUUUUGGAAUUAUCAUUGGGCUGAGUCGCGCCGAGUUGUGUGAAGAAUUCAUAUCAAGAGUGUUUGGACGGUCGCACCAGAUCAUUUGUGAGUAUCAAAACACCGAAAGCGAUGAAAUGUGGAGGAAUGAGAGGGGUCUUCGAGAAGCGAUUUCUGAUUUGAAAGCGCUUUUGAGGACGUCACAAGGUGCAAUGAUGAGGUACAUGAACCAAAUUAUAGCUGGUGUGUUGGCGAUGUAUCAAAAUGGGAUGAGGAGGAUGUUUUAUACGUUGGAGAAAGGAUUGUCGAUAGGGAACAUGGUUGUUGUUUUGAGUGAUAUUAUCGAGGUGAUAACAAUGUAUCUAAUGGGUCUUGACCGAAUUGAGUUAAAAACGAGUAUCCAUUUGUUAGGGGGAGUGAUCAUUCCAUUGUUUGUGAAAACACCGAAGUUGUAUCGUCCAGCGAGUGUUGUGUGGUUAUAUGCAAAUGUCAUGGAAAAGCUUGGGAGUGAAAUAACAGACGAAGUUGGAAACUUUUAUGGACAAAUCAAUUCGAGUUGCCUUGAAAUCAUUCGCGACGACAUGUCGUCGAAUCCCGACAUCCGAAGAGCGUACUUCAAGUUUUUAGAAAUUGCGAGUAAAACGGUUUCGUCGAGUUUUGCUGUGACGAGUAAGAGUGAUUUUGAUUUGACUGUUGACAUUGCGUGUUGGGGGAUACGACAUUUAGAUAAAGAGGUGUAUAUGUGUGGGUUGAAUAUCAUUCUUAAUUUGCUAUAUAUAGGCUUUAUGAAUCAAAAUAUUGCAGUGAUGGCGUUGUUCAAAGACAAAGUAGCAGAGAUAACGAAUUCAGUGAUAUGUGCCAAUCUUGAUUUGUGCCAUACUAACAAUUUUGAUGACAUGGUUGAGGUAUUGAGGAGACUUGUAGUUGUGAAUGAAAAUGCGACGAAGGGAGUGGUGGUCUCGUACUUCAAUGAAAACUUUGGGAUUGAACAAAAUCAACUUUUGCCAUAUCUCAACAACGUUUGGGCGAAGAAAGGAGUUGCUGACCAGUUCAAAGCUGGGUGGCUUGAGAUGCUUGUUUCUACAAACGAAUUUAAAGUGCAUGAACUAAAGAAAACAGAGUAA